AUCUCGUCCCGACGCACUUCGAGCCGAGUCGAUAGCCGCGGGCGUAUCAGCCCCGCACUGUUCCCUCGCGCGCCGUGUGUGUGGCGAGGCGGCGUCUGUUGCGUCCGAGCCAGCGUCCGGCAUCCCGUGGUCCGGCACCGAUCCCGGCUGACCUCGGCCGCCGCUUCGCUCUCCGGCCUUCCCGGGUCGUCUCGGAGACUAUCCUCACCCCAGGGAAUUUUUUUUAUCUUCGAAAUAAAUUUCGAGCGCCACCACACACGAAAUAAAAGAUGGACUCCGGCAAGAGGACCGAGAAACCACACAAUCCAAGAGAAACGGCGAACCCCCUGUCUGCACUCUUCUUUAUCUGGACAUGGAAGAUAUUCAGGAGGGGCAUGAAGAAGGAAAUGGAUGUUGAAGACUUGUUCCAGCCGCUAAAGGAACACAGGUCCGACUAUCUGGGCGACUGCCUGGAGAGUACGUGGAAGAAAGAGCUGAUGACGACGAAGAACCCAAGUUUACUGAGGACACUUUCCAAGCGUUUCUUCUGGAUGUUCGUGGUGUUUAAUAUACCUCUCGCCAUUGUUGAACUGGUAGCCAAGAACGUGCAGCCCAUGUUCCUCGGGCAGUUCAUACGGUACUUUGAGCCGGGCAGCAACUCGACUCUUGGAGACGCAUAUCUAAAUGCCUUCGGCCUGAUGAUGUGCAUAGUCUCCUACUCUCUGGUGAGGCAGGUGAAUCUCAUGGCCUUGAUACACAUAGGCAUGAAGAUACGCGUUGGAUGUUGCUCGAUGAUAUAUAGAAAGUCGCUGCGCCUGACCCAGACCUCGCUGGGGGAGACGACGGUGGGACAGGUGGUGAACCUGCUGUCCAACGACGUGAGCCGCUUCGACACGUGCCUGGUGAUCCUGCCGUACCUGGUGCUGGGCCCCACCCAGGCCGUCCUCGUCGCCUUCUUCAUGUGGCGGGCCAUGGGCGUGUCCACGGUGAUCGGCGUGGUGGCGACCCUGAGCUUCAUCCCUCUGCAAGCGUUCAUCGGCAAGAAGAUAGGGCCGUUGCGCCUGCGAAGCGCCCUGAGGACGGACGAGCGAGUGCGACUCAUGAACGAGAUCAUCUCCGGCAUCCAAGUGAUCAAGCUGUACACCUGGGAGAUCCCGUUUGCCAAGCUGGUGGCUCGAGCCAGACUAAAUGAGAUACAUCAAAUAAAGCUUGUGUCAUAUUUGAGGGCAGUUAUGACAAGCUUUGAAGGUUUCACCACGCGUCUUACUCUCUUCAUCACAAUAUUGUGUUACAUCCUGAUGGGGAAUUCAGUAACAGCUGAAAAGGUAUUUGUAGUUUCAUCGUACUUUACAAUCUUGAGAAUGUCAAUGACAAGAAAUUUCCCUCAGGCGAUAUCCACGACUGCAGAAACAAUAGUGUCCAUAAAACGCAUACAGAAAUUCCUCCUGUACGAGGAACUGGAGACUCCUAGAAGAUCCAACCUCCAGCAGAGCAAAUACGGGUCUGUUUCUCCGAACGAAAAGCCCCUUGCACUGACAUCGCCGCCCGGGGAGGAGGAGAAAGAAGAGGACGGAAAGAUCGAGCGAAUCGGGAUCGAAAUGUCGGGCGCGACGGCCAAGUGGACAGCCGAGUCGCACGAGAACACCCUGAGCGACAUCAACCUGAGAGUGUCGACGGGCCAGCUGCUUGCAGUCAUAGGCCCUGUGGGUUCCGGCAAGACCUCGCUGCUGCUGACGCUGCUGCGGGAGCUGCCUCUCACCGGCGGCUCCAUCGCGGUCAAGGGCAGGAUCUCGUACGCCUCGCAGGAGCCGUGGCUGUUCGCCAGCUCCGUGCGCAACAACAUACUGUUCGGGGAGCCGUACGACCGGAGGCGGUACCAGCAGGUGGUGAAGGCCUGCGCCCUCGUCAGGGACUUUGAGCUGCUGCCGUACGGCGACAGGACGAUCGUGGGGGAUCGAGGGGUCGCAUUCAGUGGGGGGCAGAGGGCACGCAUCAACCUAGCCAGGGCCGUGUACAAGCCGGCGGACAUAUACAUCCUGGACGACCCUCUGUCGGCCGUGGAUGCGCACGUGGGCAGACACCUGUUCGAGAGCUGCAUCUGCGGAUUCCUGAAGUACAAGACUCGCGUCCUCAUCACCCACCAGCUGCAGUUCCUCAGCCACGUCGACCACAUCGUCAUCUUGAACGAGGGUCGCGUGGAGGCCCACGGCAGCUACGCCCAGCUGCAGGAGAGCGGGCUGGACUUCGCGAGGCUGCUCGGCGAGCAGGAGGGAGACGGGUCUGGGGACGAGAGCGCUCCGAGUGAGAGGAGGUCCUCUCUCCGCCGCUCGAUGUCCCGUCACAAGCGACACAGAGAUGUGUCCAUCGGGAGCAGCACGUCCUCUGUGGAGAUGACUUCGGUGGAGGAGACUUCUCCGGAAGAGGUGCGAGAGAUGAGGACCAGGGGCAGGAUCUCACUGGCGACGUAUGUCUCGUACUUGUUCGCGAGUGGCAACUACUUCCUGGUGGUCGCGAUGGUGCUCAGCGAGCUGACCGCACAGUUGCUGUCCAGCAGCACUGACUACUGGCUCUCCUUCUGGACAAACACAGAGAGUCAGAGGGCUCUGCUGGAGUUUGAGGACUACAGCACGGGAAAUGAAACUGCGCUAGAUGAAACCUUCAAUUCUACGUACACAGCUGUACCAAGCGAGGACUCUCUGAUGAGCAGGGAGCUGUGCAUGUACAUAUUCUCCGGCCUCACUCUAACAGCUAUUGUGUUCCUUUUAUACAAGACCUUCCUUUUCUUCUACCUCUGCAUGAAGUCAUCGGUGACACUCCACAACAGGAUGUUUGACAGCAUUAUCCGCCUGCCCAUGAGAUUCUUCAAUGUCAAUCCUUCAGGUCAAAUAUUGAACCGGUUCUCAAAGGACAUGGGAGCAAUUGAUGAGCAGCUUCCACUUGUUCUGAUAGACUGUCUUUCAAUCGGCUGCAUGCUGCUGGGGAUCGUGACGCUGAUCGCCGUGGUCAACUACUGGAUCCUCGUGCCCACCGCUUUCGUGAUCGUGAUCUUCUACCUGUUCAGGACCGUGUACGUGCGUACCUCGCGCUCGGUCAAGAGACUGGAAGGCAUCACCCGCAGUCCAGUGUUUUCUCACCUGAAUGCUUCGCUGCAAGGACUGUCCACCAUACGGGCGUUUGGGGCGCAGAGAAUCCUGCAAGAGGAGUUCGACAAUCAUCAGGACCUGCACUCGUCAGCGUUCUUCCUGUUCCAAGCCUCCGGGCGAGCCUUCGGCCUGUACCUGGACGUCGUGUGCCACCUCUUCAUCGCCUGCGUGACGCUCAGCUUCCUCGUCAUGGGACGAGGAACGCUGGGGGGCAGCGUGGGUCUGGCCAUCUCGCAGUCCCUGGGGCUGACGGGCAUGUUCCAGUGGUUCAUGCGGCAGUCCGCCGAGCUGGAGAACCAGAUGACGUCAGUGGAGCGAGUCAUGGAGUACGGCAGCUUGGAGGACGAAGGGCCUCUGGACUCAGCACCAGAGAAGAAACCGCCGCAAGAAUGGCCGUCGCAGGGAAGAAUAGAGUUCAGAAGCGUGUACCUGGCAUAUGCCGCUGAAGAGCCAGCGGUGCUGAAGAAUCUGAACUUCACUAUCAGUCCAUCUGAGAAGGUGGGCAUCGUGGGACGCACGGGGGCCGGCAAGUCCUCGCUCAUCGCCGCCCUGUUCCGGCUGACCGGCGUCGAGGGCUCGGUGCUCAUAGACGGCGUGGACACCAGCACCAUCGGCCUGCACGACCUGCGCGGCAAGCUGUCCAUCAUCCCCCAGGAGCCGGUGCUGUUCUCCGGGCCGCUGCGCAAGAACCUCGACCCCUUCGACCAGUACUCGGAUGCCGUACUGUGGAGCGCGCUGGGGGAGGUGGAGCUGAAGGAAGUGGUGAAGGACCUGCCGGCCGGCCUGAACCACAAGAUGGCGGAGGGGGGCUCCAACUUCAGCGUGGGCCAGCGGCAGCUGGUGUGUCUGGCCCGGGCCAUCGUCAGGAACAACAAGAUACUGGUCAUGGACGAGGCGACCGCCAACAUCGACCCACGGACGGACGCCCUGAUCCAGGAGACGGUGCGGCGCAAGUUCGCGGACUGCACGGUGCUGACCAUCGCCCACCGCCUGCUGACCGUCAUGGACAGCGACAGGAUCCUCGUCAUGGACGCUGGCAGAGUCAUGGAGUUUGACCAACCACACAUACUCCUGCAGAACCGGUCCGGGUUCCUCUGGAGCAUGGUCCAGGAGACAGGCAAGGCCAUGGCUGAGACGCUGACGAGGAUGGCAGAGAAGGGCUACGGCGACUCUAAACACGAAAAGACGAGUUAGUACGAUCCAUCAAUUCGAAGACAUUACAAGCUGCCUAUAGUAUUACUAGUCAGGUAAUGAACUCACACUGGAAGUUUAAAACAAAAAGUGUUGCAAGAUUUUUAACUUCUCAAUAAUCAUAAACAUUCACUCGGAACGAAUAAAAUAGAACCUAAUAAAUUUAUUCUUAUUGUAUGAGUACUGCUAAGUUAUUGUUCUGGUAGAAAAGCUGAAGAUUGUACGAUCGCCAUACUGAGAGAUGAGCUAUCGUCAAUAUGCUGUAAAAUUUUACUUGCCUGAAGAGGGUAACAUUAUAAAAAACAAUUGUGGGAGGUUCACUAUAUGAAAGUGUUGAUAAUACUUGAGAAAAUAAAGACCGAGUUUCGGCCUUUUUCAAUUAUAAAAACAAAGAAAAUUUAAUGGUUUUUCAAUUAAUAAAUAUAUUUACCAGAUAUUUUAAUUUUUUACCUUUAUGCUGUUACCGUGAAAUGUCUGGAUAAAUGAAAGUGACUUAAUGACAAAUGACAAAGAUUUCAUGCAUAUUCUAUAUAGUCAUCAGAAAAUUCUCGAAUAGCUUAUGAAAACAACCUAAAAAUUCAAUCACCUAUAUAUUUGUGCAAAUUUAAUUAUAUUUACAUGAUGUUCUUUGAAAAACUGUGAAGAAAACUUGGUAGUUGACUUUUUGUAGAAAUUAAUUUGUGAAAGUUUUCAAUGGCAAAUGUUGUUUUUAUAAUGAAAAUAAUAAGCCUUAUGAUUUAGCACUGGCAGGUGAGCUGUUGUACUUUUGGUAAUAUUCACACGCUCCAUACCUCGCUCCCUCCUUUGUCCUGAAUACUUUAGACUAAUUCCUCCAGACUCUUCAAUAAAACAUACGCCAAGUUGUCUCUCCCUAUCAGCUGACCAUUUUCAUUUCUUGUAAAGAAUAUUUUAUGUCCAAGUUUAACUGAUGAAAACUUCGAUGCAUUCAGAACCAACCGUUUUCGCAGUAUUAGGUAGUAUUCAUUUGUAUAUUUCUUUAUAUAACUAUGUAUCUACUUGUCAACAAAUGUAUGAAUAUGAAGUAUUAAUAAAGUGAUGAUUCUGUU